GUCCGGUCGCGUAGGGUUGUCGUCAUCAGCUGCUGUCAGCGGUCCCGGUGCCGCUUUCUGUAUGCAGGUUCUUAUUAUAUUUAUUAUACAUCCAUGUUAUGCAGAGACCAGACCGACAUGCAGCGCUGCCCGCACAGAAUGCUGCUGCUGUCCCAGCUUCCGGAGGACGUUCUCUACCAUAUUUUGUCCCAUUUGGACUGCACAUCCCUCAGUCGCCUCUCUCAAGUUUGUAAAAGUAUUUACCGCUUUGUGAGCCGAGACGAAGUGUGGAGGAAGAUUGCUAAAGAAUGUUUAAACACUGGAAUUACUCGAAAUGGAACGGACAUAUAUCCUGACCUCCAGCUGAAGGAGAGAGUGAAGGUUGCUCACAACUGGUUGGACGGGCUCUGCAAAAGAACAAUUCCUCUCAAAUGGAAAACAAAGCUGUUGCCAUGGUUGCAGCUGGAUGGGGACAUGCUGUAUCUGUCUCAGGCUGCUGAUAUUGGAGCAUUCCAUCUGUGCCGAGAGUCUGGGAGGCUCCAGCGUCACCCGUCUGAAAUCUUCUCGGGUCACAAGGGUGAUGUGUGUCGCUUUGUUCUGACGGACUCUCACCUGGUCAGCGGGGGAAGGUACAUCAUGCUACAUCUGUUUACCCGAAAAAUCACAUGCAUUAGUCAUUAUGUAACAGUAAUUAAGUAACAAUAAAUACCUUUCGAGAGAUUUUAAUCAUGCCUUGAUAUUAGCUGUUUUUAACACUCCUAACAAAAGUGCCGGGGUGUCAAGGCUGUGCUUGAAACAAACAUCUGUGCACAACGUGUCAUUCAAACAUGCCUCUAGCUGUUGAAGGUGGGGGUCAUUAAACAUUUUACGGUGGGCUCAUGGACCUGUUACUAAAACUUAAAGCUGGGCCAUAUGAAGAAAAUCAAAUGUGAUAUUUUUGACCAAAUCCCAUGAUAUCAAUGUUGUGAGGCCAUUGCACAGUUGACAUUUGAUGCUUUUAAAACAUAGCUACACAAUGAGAACUUUGAUAAAUAAUUAUUUCUUAAGGGGUUUCAUUGACUACUAGAUGAAGGCAAAUAAUAUAAUUGCUAUAACAGUCUGGUAAAUUCAGAAAAUGAUAUUGGUUUGCUGCUUUACAGCCUUUAAAACAUUAAGACAACACUCCUAUUAUUAGGAAUCCUAAAUCUCAGACAAUAUCAAUUUUUCUAAGGACAUUGGUAUAAUAUGGACAAAUAUGUCGCGAUCUGUCACACCAGUUUCCUGUUUUGUUUUGAAAAGUCUUCACCCCUGCAUCAUGUCUGCUUUUGUUUUUUUGAAACAAUAUGGUUAUACAUUUUUCAUUCUUUUAAACAACAAGACACGCCAUACCUUACACAAACUUGCACACAAAAAAGUUAAAAACAGAGGCAAAGACAAGAAAAUACAUCAUUUAACAACAAAAAAAAUGAAAUAUAUAAUACAAAUAAAAGACA